AUGAGGAAUUCUGCUGUCGUUGUCGCAGCUUUGUACUUUCAUUGCUUCGAUCAGGUAUCUGCGUUUGUUGCAAUCCCAACUAGACACCACCGAGUCGCGAAAACCUCACAAAGGGUGUUGCCCAGGGUGGCUGGUAUUGCUGGUAAAGAAAUUGACUUGAGUCUGGACGAAGUUCUUCCAAUCCAGGAUGAAGCUGCUACCGUUUCGCAACAAGUCUUCAAGUUGUCGUCAACUCAGCUUGGACAAACUGUUGGCUAUCGCGUGGCGCUUCUAGGUGUUUCCGUUGCGUACAGCUUGGAGCUCCUACUGCCUGUCUUGCAAGAUGCGGGCCUCUCGGUAUUCCCUGAAGUCGAUCCCAUCCUGCCUCUUGCCGCUAUAGGAUUCACCACCGCUGCUGCGGCUCUGGCGCCCAAAGCUGGCAUGUUAAAAAGCGGAGCCAAGAAGAAAUCCGUGAUGUUGGUGGACGGAAAAGUGUUGGCUGCGUCGGUGGCAACUUUAGUUGCGGGGCAACCUCUGGUUGGGCUAGCUGCUUUGUUUGUGCGAGAAAUAUACUACUUUGGGCUUGCUUACAAAAUGGAGGCGGCGCUGGGCCUUGCUGCCAGUCUAUGGGUUCUUCUGUCACCAGGGGACCCGUCGGGGGUCCCAGACACUGUGGCUUGUCUCGCCCUGGCAGUCAUGGUAUUUGGUAAAAUAUUUGAACCAUUGCAAGAAGACUGGAAUCCCAAUCAAAGCGAAUUCUUAGCUAAAGAUAAGCUCUAG